AUGGCGGCGUCACCAUUUGCCUCUCGAUCACCUUCUAUGACUGUUGCGUCGCCGAAUACUCUCAGAUUAAGAGCGGGAGUUACAGACUGGCCACCUCGCCCUGCGUUCACAUCAAAGCCACUGGCGAAAGCAGACCAGGAGCUUACAGAACAGCUAAAUGAGGACGUGCGACAGAAAUAUGUGAAAGAUAAAAAAUUGGGAGAAGGCACAUACGCUGUCGUAUUCCUAGGCUACCUCCGAAAUGACCCCGCUUCCAAGGUCGCCAUUAAGAAGAUCAAAGUCAAUGCCGAAUACAAAGACGGCCUCACCAUGGACGCGAUUCGCGAGGUGAAAUAUUUGCAGGAGCUCUCCCAUCCCAAUGUCAUUGCGCUCCAUGAUGUAUUUUCAUCUAAGGAUCAGAACCUGAAUCUGGUUCUAGAAUUCCUGCCUCGUGGAGAUCUCGAGAUGUUGAUCAAGGAUUCCGACAUCCAAUACGGCUUGGCCGAUAUCAAGGCUUGGAUGGGCAUGUUAGCCCGCGGUGUGUGGUUUUGCCAUGAGAACUUUGUGCUCCAUCGCGACAUCAAGCCAAACAACCUGUUGAUUGCUUCGGACGGUGAGGUCAAGCUGGCUGAUUUUGGUCUAGCUAGAUCCUUUGCAGACCCAUACCUGAACAUGACGCACCAAGUCAUCACUCGCUGGUAUCGUCCACCCGAGCUGCUCUACGGGCGCGACAAUACUCCGGUGCCGUGGACGUAUGAUCAAAUUUCCAAAAUCUGCGAUGCGUUCGGAACCCCAACAGAAGCCAAUUGGCCAGGAGUUUCUAAACUACCCAAUUACAUCCCCACCGAUCCCGCAAGCAUAGUCCCCCUGCAGGGCCGCGAGUUCUUUUAUCGGCAGUUCCCUACCGCAGGCCCGGUGGGUGCCGACCUGCUGAUGGCUAUGUGUUCGCUGGAUCCGCGCAAUCGGAUCACUGCCGUCGAGGCUCUACGUCACCAUUGGUGGACGAUCGAUCCGCGUCCGACUCGAAAUGAGGAUCUCCCGCAGAAGCAGAAGUCGGGGGCUAAAAAGAUGGGCGAUGAUCUCAGUCGACGUGGCGGGCAGAUCGACGAUGGACCGUUCAAGAACGCGGCUCGGCAAUUGGACUUUGGCGCUAUGAAAUAA